AUGUCGGUAUCAGUAGAAGGUUCAAAAGCCUCGCCGGCCGUAGCUGAGAAUUCUGCUAUUGAUGUAAGAAAGGAGGAUGCGCCAGCAAAUGCGGUCUCAAUCGCAACGCAGAAAAAGGAACCACCUCCUGAGAAGCCGGAGAGCAUAAAACUACGAAGUUUGGUCAUAUUUUCAUUUUGGGCAAUAAUUCUGGUCCUCGGAGUGCCAAUAUGGUGGAGAACAACGACCAUUUACCGGGCAAACUUGCCCCUGGACCAGAUGAAGGAUUGGGCUGAGGGGAGAGCAUGCCGACCUGUUUUUCCAUUACGAAUCUCCAUCGAGGCAGAUAGUCUACAGGACCACGAAUCGCAGCAUCUUCUGCGGACCACGCAGCAUGCCCUCGAUGAUCUUAACGAUUUCUCGGCGCAUCAUUUGCGCCUACAGAUUUCACCUCCAGCGAAUGGUUCCGUUGCGGUGGAUGGACAGUCUACAGGAGGGGAGGGCGAAGAAGUUGCACUUAUAAUUCGACUAUUACCAGGAACAGAAACCAAAGCAGACCUUCAAGCAUACGCUCCAAUACUUGAUGUAUACUACACGCCCAAUCAAGUACCAUCAAGCUCCUCCUCUACAUCCUCCUUAGCAACAUACAUCGCCAACACCUUACGAGACAUGUUUGCAGAGGAACAAGCCAUGAUUGCAUAUCUAUUAUCCACCAGCUCCUCACCCCCCGAACGAAUACCCAAAGCCCUCGCACCAGAAGUAGCAGAAUCCCUCGCCAAAUGGACAACGCGAUCCAUAAAAUACUCCCGAACAUACCACCUAACCUUCUCCCUCUUCACGCCCACCGCCACACCCUCAUCCUGGGAAAUCGAAAAAGCCCUCGAAGACCACAUGAAACCGCUGCUAGAAAGCUUCUCCCCAAUCUCCAACUUCACAAUCGACACCCAAGUCCAACUAUACGCCCAACCCGGCGUCAGCGGCGCCAUCCUCAAAAAACAAGACCUAUCCGCCUUCAUCAACGCCGCCGAAUGGCCCCUCUCCCCCUCCAUCGGCGGCCACCCCACCAUCAACUUCCUCAUCUACAUCGGCGACAUGUCCGUUGAAGGCGGCGGCACCUCGUGGCUGAUCCCGCAAUGGGGCGGCGUCAUCAUCCAGCCCGACAUCACCGAUCUCCGCCCCGCCAUCCUCACAUUCUCAAACCAGCUCAUGUCUCUCCUCGGCGCACCCUCCUCGCACUCUCUUCCUCUCCGCCUCAACACCCUUAUUCGCGUCCGCAGCGCCGGACUCCUCCUCAAAGCCUCUGGCACGAUGGGCUCGCUCGCCCGUCUCACCGUCGCGCUACCAUCAAUCAGUAUCCCGCAAUCUGUCGCUGACGGUGUCGCUACCACGCUCUUUCAUCUCGGCAAGGCGUGUGAUGGACUCGGUGGCAUUGAGGGGCUAGAAAACGCGAGAAUCGCAGAAGAAGCGGCCGAAAAGGCAUUUUUUGAAAAGAGUAUGGUGGGCCAGGUGUACUUCCCCGAUGAGCAUAAGGUGGCCGUUUAUCUACCUUUGCUAGGACCCGUGGGCGUGCCGUUGGUGAUGGGGGUUGUGAAGGAGGUUAAGGCGUGGAGGAAGAGGAGGAGGGGGUUAUAG